AUGGAUAUUGUAGAGCGAUUUGGUAUUGAGUUUGUGAUAUAUGAGUUUCAGAAAGACGCCAAAAUAUGGUGGCAAUCUCAUAUUGAGUGCCGACCAACAGAGGCACCACCUAUGAGUUGGGCAACCUUUUCUUACUAUUUCAUGGAGAAGUAUAUUCUCUGGACCUUGAGGGACAAGAGGAGAGACGAGUUCCUGAAUAUAGAGCAAAGGAGAAUGUCCAUUGUAGCUUAUGAAGCUAAGUUUCGUGCCUUAGCCAGAUAUGCUACUCAACUUUGCUUUAGUCCCGAAGAGCGGAUUCGCCACUUUGUGGCUGCUUCAGUAAAAUCUUUUCAGCAAGUGGUUGAUUUUGUGAUAAAGGUGGAGGGGGUGAGCCAGAUGACUUUGCUAAGGCGACAACGUUCAAGAAGUUUUGUAAGGGAGGUUUUUGAUGGAGGUUCAUCAAAGACUAGCCAUCCCUUUUCUAAUUUUAGGGGUUAUCUUCAAUCUUCUUCGUCUUCACGGAGACCCACUUUUGACCUCAAGACUUAUUACAAAUGUGGUGAGCCUGGACAUAUCAGAAAAUAUUGUCUAAGGCAGAGUCAGACUUUGUAUAAUCAGGGUUACAUAGCCCCACUAGCUAGAGGUGGAGGCGGCUAUGGUUGGGGCCAUCAUUUUGGAGGACGUAGUUGCCAAGGUCGUGGUGAUCGCCAGUCUGGCUGGGAUUGCAAUGCUAAUACCGUGACCUUGGCCAAGCCUGAGAUGGAUCAGCUGGUGUGGGAGGGUGACUAUCUUCCUGCCCCAGUUCGGAUUAUCUCUUUUAUUCAUGCUAAGAAGCUGGUAAGUAAGGGUUGUUUAGCCUUCCUAGCACAGCUCAAGAAUGAUAGUUCUAAAGUACCUUCGAUUGAGUCUAUUUCGAUAGUGCGUGUGUUUAUAAAUGUUUUUACCACAGACCUGCCUGGUAUGCCACCAGAUAGGUAUAUUGAUUUUUGUAUCUACAUGGAGCUGGACACUCGUUCCAUUUCCAUUCCACCUUAUAGAAUGGCCCCGAUUGAGUUGAGGGAAUUGAAGGCCCAACUUCAGGAGUUGUUGGGUAAAGGUUUUAUUAGACCCAGUGCCUCUCCUUAG